AUGGGCCAGACAGCAGGAACCAGACAACAGGAGCCAGAAAAAAGGAGCCAAACAGCGGGAGCUAGACAACAGCCAGCUAGCAGGAUCAAGAAAACAGGAGCCAAACAGCAGGAGCUAGAAAGCAGGGGAGCCAGAAAGGAGAGCCAGACAGAAGGAGCAAGAAAGCAGGGUCAGUUAGCGGAGCCAGACAGCAGGAGCCAGAACGUUCGAGCCAAACAGGAGCCAGAUAGCAGAGCCAGACUGCAGGUGCUAGACAGCAGGAACUAUAAAACAGGAGCCAGACAGCAGGAGCCAGAAAACAGGAGCCAGACAACAGGAACCAGACAACAGGGGCGAGAAACCAGGAGCCAGACAGCGGGAGCUAGACAGGAGCCAGACAACAGGAGCCAGCCAGACAGCAGAACCAGACAGCAGGAGCUAGACAGCAAAAGCCAGACAACAGAACCAGACAGCAGUAGCCAGAAAGCAGGAGCCAGACAGCAGGAGCUAGAAAGCAGGGGCCAGCAAUCAGGAGCCAGACAUCAGGAGCCAGACAGCAGGGGACAGGAAGGAGCAGCCAGACAGAAUAGCCACACAGCAGAAGCCAGAAAACAGCAAGUGCUAGACAGCAGGAGUCAAACAGCAGGAGCCAAACAGGAGGCAGACAGCAGGAGCCAGAAAACAGGAGCCAGACAACAGGAACCAGACAACAGGGGCGAGAAACCAGGAGCCAGACAGCGGGAGCUAGACAGGAGCCAGACAACAGGAGCCAGCCAGACAGCAGAACCAGACAGCAGGAGCUAG